GAGAGCCAGAGCAGCAGGCAAGGCAGCCAUAAGAUGACACAGACGGAGAGAGGAGUGCACAUAGACGUGUGUGGGUCUUACUCUAAGGUGACGGCUUCUGCCUUCACAGUCAUCUCUAAUAGACCAGGACCUGCAUCAAGGUGUAGGGUACAGGCAGGUGUAGGGUACAGGCAGGUGUAGGGUACAGACAGGUGUAGGGUACAGGCAGGUGUAGGGUACAGGCAGGUGUAGGGUACAGGCAGGUGUAGGGUACAGACAAGGUAGGUGAGGGUGCUGGGGUAGAGGCACCACAGGCAGGUGUAGGGUACAGACAGGUGUAGGGUACAGGCAGGUGUAGGGUACAGACAGGUAUAAGGUACAGACAGGUGUAGGGUACAGGCAGGUGUAGGGUACAGGCAGGUGUAGGGUACAGACAGGUGUAGGGUACAGACAGGGUAGGUGUGGGUGCUGGGGUAGGGGCACCACAGGCAGGUGUAGGGUACAGACAGGUGUAAGGUACAGACAGGGUAGGUGUGGGUGCUGGGGUAGGGGCACCAGAGGCAGGGUUGAGGUACCCGCGGGUGCUGGCCGCCAGUCACCCCUCAGCUGCAGGACGGGGCGGGUGUACUGCAUGUUCUUCCCGCCAUACAUGUGACUACACACCUGUACAACCAGUACUAAGAUGUAUUAUCCGGUUUAGAGUACUUUGUGCGUCUCGCUGAUAUGAUGGGCGUCAGUUAGUGAAAGUGGGCAGAGAGCGUCAUGCCUGGGCCACCCCCGCUCAUCCAGGCCGCCCUUGCCGCUAGUGUGGCCACAGGGGGUGGCACGCUACCCUUCACGCCUCCAAUACACUUCGUACCCCCUGCCUAUUUCCCCCCCGCUGCCCAUGAGUCGGUGCUGCACUACACCUUCCCCUCAGAGGCCGACACCCUCGCUUAUGUCGACGCUCUCAAGCACUCCGACCUCAGCGACUGGCGCUCCUUACAGGAGGUUGCAGCGCGGGCGGGCGCUGGGUCAUGUUCGGGAGCGGUGACGACGUCUGUGUUGACAGCGCUGUACCUGCUGGGGCUGUUUAACCUGUGUGUGGCGUCACCAGCCUCCUGCUGUGUUCCUCCCGCCGCUGGACGACGACGGAGACGCAGGACGGUGGACCCAACGUUACCACCGCUACUCAACAACCUCCAGUACAACCUCUCCAGCCUCUCCCUUGAACAGUUCCGCGCUCUGCCCCACGUCACCACUCCCGACGGCGGCCGCGUCCCUCUCCACAUCUCCGUUGUCGAACAGGUUCGCAAGUUAUGGGAUUCGAACCCACGGCUGCUAUCGUCAGUGUCGUGUUCUUCAGCGACGGAGUCAGUGCGGUCAUCAUUCAUCUCGCUGAGCGGGGUGGCGUCGGGCAUCAUCCUGGCGUACAGUGUGGCUCAGCUCUCACAGUGCUACCCUGACCACACCCCGGACCCCAGCAUCCCCCCCAAGAUCUGGUUCUUCCCCAUCCCCAGGACUGCCUCCCACAACCCCGUCCCCAUGCUCCCCAGGCAGAUACCAGUCCCAGUUCUGGCGGCAGGUGAGGAUGAGGUCGACGAUGGCUGUGAUAGGGACGAGGUCCCACUGGGACUCGACCGCUGCGCUCUCCUGCUGUCCUCGGAGCCCUGCCCCUACAAGCACUGGGUCCUCCUUAACAAGGACACACGGAAGGGGGAAUGUGUACCACGGUUGUGUGCCGACAACUUUGUGUAUACUGAAGCAGAUCAGAUGUGCCACGAUGUUAAUGAGCCCGGGAUGUGUCCGGGCAACAGACGCCUCUACCUCACAGCCUCGGGAAAAGCUGUUUGUGACUGUCCAGAAGGUAUGUUCCCUGGGCCACAAGACACCUGUUACUUCCUCUACGAGCCGGCCUACUGCCAGCAAGGUUCAGUGCUUCAGUUUGACAAGACCACCAAGACCCUUACCUGCAAGGCUGACCCCUGUGGCAACAUUAACAUGCACCUCUGGCCCGAUGAUCUCCCGUAUGCCCCACGAAAGGACGGUUUCUGCUACCAGUUCAAUGAGCAAGGACCCUGCAAGCGAGGACAGAGGUUUGGUUAUGACACUGACCAGCUGGAGGCUACCUGUGUUUCUCUGCAGGAGGCCGGACUCACUCGGCCCCGCAGGUCCUUCAUGUUCCACCAGAUGUCCUUCCCUGCUGCCCAAGACCAACGAUACGACCACUAUCAGGUGUCGUAUAUCAUUAUGAAUGGAACUACAUGGGAUCUGGAAGUGAAGGGUAUCAAAAGGAAAAGAAGGGACAUCUCUAGGGCCUCUGUGGGAGGUCCUCAUUUCCUGCACUCUGGUCACAUGGUUGUGCCUUUCCUGGACACUCGGGACAUCCCCCGUGACCUCUACCCAAUAAAAAAAUUGCGUCAUCCCCGCUGGGUGGCUCGCAGAAGAACCAGGAGGGGUAAGAACCACUCCCGUCGCCACUUAAAAAUCCGUAACCAAAGAAGCCAUGGCAAUGGUAGCCACUCUACUAUUAUUACAGAUGGAGCUCUCAACUUGUCCUUAGGUCUGGGUGGUGGAGGAGCACAAGAGAACUCACGAAGAAGGAGUACAGCCCAACACAGAGCACGGUCAAGGAGUAGGAAGAAUAGGGGACAAGGCACUACAAAAGGCCAAACACAUACCAUUAGAGAGCAUAGUGUCCCGUGGCCGUCUGGCAACACCACUAAGCACGAGAACUUUGAUCACAGCGGUAUUGUCAAGGUGAACCAGACGGCACUGGCAGCCCCAGUCGUGGUCCAGCAGACCAUCCCAUCAAAGACCAGAAAUGGACAAUCAGCCCUACACAGUGAGCACAGACAGAAUACUAGUUCCAGUGGUCAUAAAGGUAAGAAAGGUCGUGGUCGUAGGAAGAAAGGUCAUGGAGCAAAUGACAAGAAGAAAAAAGAUCACAGGCGUGGCUCAAGGCGUGGUCGCAAGAGAAAGAAGAGACCUAAUGUGUCAAAGAAUUCCACCCAGACAAAGCGGAAACGGAAAAACCCCAAGUUACCAUUUCGUGUGCCAACUCUGUCGCCACCAACAGAAGGGAACGCAUCUACCACCACUGUAGAAAACACUGCAAGGGUUAUUACUAAUGUCAGUUCUGGUAAUACUGGCAUCAGCAAAGGUGCUAAAGCACCUAAAGGUGAAUUUUCAGAAGAUGAACUAGAUGCUGAAGAAGAGUCACAGCAGUCAUCCUCAUCAGAGAUAUCCCUACCCAAGUACCUGCGUCACCGUGGCAGGCGACAGCUGGGGGAAGGUGGUGGCAUCAUACAAGCACCUUUGCUGAGUGCUUGCAAACCUGGUGCCAAGAGGGAUUACAAUUACAAGUGUCGCCCAAAAUUUAUACCCCAAGAGAGGGAUCGACGAGGAACAGGAAGUGUGGGAUCCCGCAGCAAGCUCACACCUCGCCCACCCAGGAUAUCUUGCCCAGAGGGUACGCGUCUGGAUCCCCGAGGGAAGUGUCAGCAGGUGAGCUGAUUUGAUCACGAGUUGUCAGCCUCCUGGUGGGACCCUUCACCUGGGUGUGUCACCAGUCAUCAGCCUCCUGGUGGGACCCUUCACCUGGGUGUGUCACCAGUCAUCAGCCUCCUGGUGGGACCCUUCACCUGGGUGUGUCACCAGUCAUCAGCCUCCUGGUGGGACCCUUCACCUGGGUGUGUCACCAGUCAUCAGCCUCCUGGUAGGACCCUUCACCUGGGUGUCACCAGUCAUCAGCCUCCUGGUGGGACCCUUCACCUGGGUGUGUCACCAGUCAUCAGCCUCCUGGUGGGACCCUUCACCUGUGUGUCACCAGUCAUCAGCCUCCUGGUAGGACCCUUCACCUGGGUGUCACCAGUCAUCAGCCUCCUGGUGGGACCCUUCACCUGGGUGUGUCACCAGUCAUCAGCCUCCUGGUAGGACCCUUCACCUGUGUGUCACCAGUCAUCAGCCUCCUGGUGGGACCCUUCACCUGGGUGUGUCACCAGUCAUCAGCCUCCUGGUGGGACCCUUCACCUGGGUGUGUCACCAGUCAUCAGCCUCCUGGUGGGACCCUUCACCUGGGUGUGUCACCAGUCAUCAGCCUCCUGGUGGGACCCUUCACCUGUGUGUCACCAGUCAUCAGCCUCCUGGUAGGACCCUUCACCUGGGUGUCACCAGUCAUCAGCCUCCUGGUGGGACCCUUCACCUGGGUGUGUCACCAGUCAUCAGCCUCCUGGUGGGACCCUUCACCUGUGUGUCACCAGUCAUCAGCCUCCUGGUAGGACCCUUCACCUGGGUGUCACCAGUCAUCAGCCUCCUGGCGGGACCCUUCACCUGGGUGUGUCACCAGUCAUCAGCCUCCUGGUAGGACCCUUCACCUGUGUGUCACCAGUCAUCAGCCUCCUGGUGGGACCCUUCACCUGGGUGUGUCACCAGUCAUCAGCCUCCUGGUGGGACCCUUCACCUGGGUGUGUCACCAGUCAUCAGCCUCCUGGUGGGACCCUUCACCUGGGUGUGUCACCAGUCAUCAGCCUCCUGGUGGGACCCUUCACCUGGGUGUGUCACCAGUCAUCAGCCUCCUGGUGGGACCCUUCACCUGGGUGUGUCACCAGUCAUCAGCCUCCUGGUAGGACCCUUCACCUGGGUGUCACCAGUCAUCAGCCUCCUGGUGGGACCCUUCACCUGGGUGUGUCACCAGUCAUCAGCCUCCUGGUGGGACCCUUCACCUGUGUGUCACCAGUCAUCAGCCUCCUGGUAGGACCCUUCACCUGGGUGUCACCAGUCAUCAGCCUCCUGGUGGGACCCUUCACCUGGGUGUGUCACCAGUCAUCAGCCUCCUGGUAGGACCCUUCACCUGUGUGUCACCAGUCAUCAGCCUCCUGGUGGGACCCUUCACCUGGGUGUGUCACCAGUCAUCAGCCUCCUGGUGGGACCCUUCACCUGGGUGUGUCACCAGUCAUCAGCCUCCUGGUGGGACCCUUCACCUGGGUGUGUCACCAGUCAUCAGCCUCCUGGUGGGACCCUUCACCUGUGUGUCACCAGUCAUCAGCCUCCUGGUAGGACCCUUCACCUGGGUGUCACCAGUCAUCAGCCUCCUGGUGGGACCCUUCACCUGGGUGUGUCACCAGUCAUCAGCCUCCUGGUGGGACCCUUCACCUGUGUGUCACCAGUCAUCAGCCUCCUGGUAGGACCCUUCACCUGGGUGUCACCAGUCAUCAGCCUCCUGGCGGGACCCUUCACCUGGGUGUGUCACCAGUCAUCAGCCUCCUGGUAGGACCCUUCACCUGUGUGUCACCAGUCAUCAGCCUCCUGGUGGGACCCUUCACCUGGGUGUGUCACCAGUCAUCAGCCUCCUGGUGGGACCCUUCACCUGGGUGUGUCACCAGUCAUCAGCCUCCUGGUGGGACCCUUCACCUGUGUGUGUCACCAGUCAUCAGCCUCCUGGUGGGACCCUUCACCUGGGUGUAUCACCAGUCAUCAGCCUCCUGGUGGGAUCCUUCACCUGGGUGUAUCACCAGUCAUCAGCCUCCUGGUAGGACCCUUCACCUGGGUGUGUCACCAGUCAUCAGCCUCCUGGUGGGACCCUUCACUUGGGUGUGUCACCAGUCAUCAGCCUCUUGGUGGGACCCUUCACCUGGGUGUAUCACCAGUCAUCAGCCUCCUGGUGGGACCCUUCACCUGGGUGUGUCACCAGUCAUCAGCCUCCUGGUGGGACCCUUCACCUGGGUAGAUCACAUCCUUCUAGCAAGAACCUUCACCUUGACAUAGGCUGUGAUAUAUCACCAUGAUUGCCAGCAAACUCUUGCUGGUGAUCUCCCGCAUCUUAAUCACGAUGAUUAAAUAAGAAUCCUCAUUAAAUUUAAGGGAUUACUAGUCUUAUAUAAACACACAGCAUUUUCUGGUCUUCUGAUACAAUUGGCUGCAUUAUCUUGGUGAAUGUAAAGAAACAAAGCUGGACCAGCGAGUGAUGGAACAGUCUUCCUCAUCUCUAUUGGUGACUGACACUAGUCAUCAUCCUGGUACUACUGGGCAACUUCACAGCUUGAUCUUGUGGCAUCUCUGAUGGAAGGCCAAAUCCCAUCAUCAUCCAUAUUAUGUACGGGUCAGCCAUCACUAAAGGGUUAACUUGGGCUGUUUUCCCUCUAUACCUGCUGCUACUCAAAGACCUUGCAUCAGCCUCGUAAGUUUACCAAGUGUUGUUAUCCUUGCAUUACACAUGCUAGAAAAUACCUAAUUAUUGUUAAUGCAGUAAGUAAAUUUCUCACUGACAUGACAGUUGCAGAAAAUGAGUUAAUUUACCCGAUACAAAACAGCCAUGUUUUAAAUGUUAAAAGUUAAUCAAUUUGUCGGGUUUUAAGGACAUGCUUGAGCCUGGUGAUCAUAGUGUGACAAGCAGAAAUAUGAUGAUGUGAGCACCAGAUACUGAUACUGUAACUAAGACUUCCUGAAAUUAUCUUAAGGUCAGAAAAUGUACAUUCAUAUAUACAUUACCUCAUUUAAUCAUAGCUUUACUUCCAUUAAAUUUUACAACAAAAAUGGGCAUGACACAUUAGUUUGUAAAACGUAAUGGAUAAUUUAAUUGGUAUCUUUAAUCUAACUUAUGAUGGCCAAAUGUUGGUUCUUUUUAUACUAAAUGUUGCCACAUUACAGAUUGAAUGUCAUAGUCUUUGCAAUUUAGAUUAAGUAGCAUGGAAUAUGCAACUUGAAAUUAAUAAAUUUACUGUAUCAA